GUGAUAAAUAAGUACUUGCUUUUCCCUCUCCAGAGAGCACCAAACUCACUAAGAAGAAGUGCCAUCAGAAAGGCAGGUAUGUUACGCAAAUAGAUAAAAUGUCGUUCCAUCAAUUCAAUGCAUUUACUGGUCGUUUAAAACAAUCGACACAAUUACAAGCUCUUUAUCCAUUAUCCCCAAGACCAUUAGAAAAAGUAGAACCAAUAAAAAUGAUGUUUGAUUCUGUCAAAACUAAGCCAGUAUCUACUUCAUUAUCUGGCAAACAGAAUUAUUCUACAGUACCUGCAAAAUUAAAGAAGCUCCAACAGGAAUGGCAGGUUGACUUAACAAAACCUACAUACCUUCUACGAGGUAGAUCGGAUAACAUGAUUGUUGCAGGACUUUCUGCAGUUACUGCAAUUUGUUUUGUCGCUAAUAUGUACUACUUAUUAGAGCUCAGGAAGAAAUUUUAAUGCAUAUAGGAAAUUAAAAUGCUUUAGUAUAGAUAUACUUAGGAAUGAUAUUUGUUGUAAAAAAUAAAUUAUAACUUCAAGUAAUAUUUUGAACUCAUUAUAAAUAAAUGAUUAAAUAUA